AUGGCGGCGGAGAGCGACCGGAAAUCCUCUGCAGUCUCCGAUAUGGGAGCUUGGGCAAUGAACGUGAUCAGCUCCGUCGGAAUUAUCAUGGCCAAUAAACAGCUAAUGUCUUCUUCCGGUUUCGGCUUCGGCUUCGCGACGACUCUCACCGGAUUCCAUUUCGCUCUCACCGCAUUGGUCGGUAUGGUCUCGAACGCGACGGGAUUCUCCGCAUCCAAACACGUCCCAAUGUGGGAGCUGAUUUUUUUCUCCAUUGUCGCUAAUGUCUCAAUCGCAGCGAUGAAUUUCAGCCUCAUGCUUAAUUCCGUCGGCUUCUACCAGAUCUCGAAGCUGAGCAUGAUCCCUGUGGUUUGCAUCAUGGAAUGGAUUCUUCACAGCAAGCGAUACUCAAAAGAAGUGAAAGUAGCGGUGGUGGUUGUUGUUGUAGGUGUUGGGAUUUGCACUGUCACUGAUGUUAAGGUUAAUGCUAAAGGUUUCAUCUGUGCCUGUGUUGCUAUUUUCUCCUCGUCUCUGCAGCAAAUCUUAAUAGGAUCACUGCAGAAGAAAUAUUCAAUUGGGUCUUUUGAGUUGCUGAGCAAAACAGCACCGAUUCAAGCUCUUUCACUCCUUGUUGUUGGCCCUCUUGUUGAUUACCUCCUUAGUGGGAAGUUCAUUAUGAACUACAACAUGACUUCUGGUUGCUUUCUAUUCAUCCUUCUCUCGUGUGCUUUAGCUGUGUUCUGCAACAUAAGCCAGUACCUAUGCAUCGGGAGAUUUUCGGCUGUAUCGUUUCAGGUUAUCGGUCACAUGAAGACUGUAUGUAUCUUGACGCUGGGAUGGGUUCUGUUUGACUCUGCGAUGACUUUCAAGAACGUGGCGGGGAUGAUUGUUGCGAUUGUUGGGAUGGUGAUAUACAGUUGGGCCAUGGAGUUGGAGAAACAGUCUAAUAUUGCGGCGAAGGCUUUGAGCAGUGUGAAACACAGCUUGACGGAAGAAGAGUUUGAGCUUUUGAAGGAAGGUGUAGAAACUACACAGUCCAAAGAUGUUGAACUUGGCGGAUACACAAAAGGUUAG